GAUGUUUUACCCUUCAUUAUACAAAAUACUAUGGAAACUGCCUUUCCCAAUUUGACGAUUUUGUAUAAAAUAUUUUUGACAAUCCCUGUAUCCAGUGCUGCCAGUGAGAGAAGCUUGAGUAGAUUGAAACUAAUAAAAAAUUAUCUGAGAUCAACAAUGGCUGAAGUCAGGCUCUCAAAUUUAUCUUUGAUAAAUAUAGAAAGGAAUUUUGCCAAAGAUGUUGAUUUCGACAAAGUCAUUCAGACGUUUUCAAUGAUGAAAAAAAGGAGA